GAUAAUUUCUCUUGUAUAAUUUCCUAAUCUAUCGUAGUUCCCUUGGAGAGAGAUGGAAGAGUCAGGAAGCGUCGCCGAAGGAGAAGAUCUACUGCAGAAAAAUCAAGGGAAGGAAGGGUCGAAGGGGAAAUCUUGCAAGGGAUGUCUCUACUACUCAUCGCUUUUAAAAUCCGACGCUCGAAAUCCGCUCUGCGUCGGCGUCAGCAGAACCCUUCAACAAGUUCCUAGCUCAAUUGUUGGAGAGUCUGAGAUUGAAGCUUCAAAAGAGGGUCGUAGCCUUUCAGACUUCAAGUAUGUUUGUGUUGGUUAUUCUGUGUUCCUAGAUGCCAAAGAUAAUCCCAAUGAGCAGCAAGAGAAUCAAGCCGAAUUGCCAUUCUGUGUUGGCAUUGAGCUUUUGCUUGACAAACGAGUUUCAAAUGCUGACCAUGUUCCUGCUCAUGCUCACAACAAGGAAGAUGGUCAUGUUUUUCAUCAGCCACGGUCCUACAAACCAACCCAUUCAAUGGGGGAGGAAUUCUUGAGCAGGUUUACUAGAAAUGCAGGUUUGGUAGCAUCAGGUGUGGCUAGGAACAUACACAAAGUUGGCAACCAUAUCAAAGACAGCCUUGAUGACAUAUUGUACCCAUACCGCAGACGGCCCAAGUAAAGUAGUAGGUUUAUAUGAUUGCAAUGGCCAAACCCAAACCAAUAAAAUGUGUAAUUUGUGGUAAAUAAAUGAUUUAGCUGACUCUUUUUUUUUUUUUCUCUCUCAAUUUAUUGGUUUGGAUUGUUGAACUGGUCAAAUAUGCUUUUGAUUCCUGCCUCUUA